AUGGACUAUCCCAUGACAGAGCAGGUGGAUGCCCAAAGGAGGCUGUUACCCCCUGGGAAACCCAUACUGGAGCAACCUGUUCCUGAAAGACUGCAUCCCAUGGACGGGACCCACAUUGGAGCAGUACAUGAAGAACUUCAGCCUGUGGGAAGGACACAUUUUGGAGAAGUUGGUGGAGGACUGUCUCCUGUGGGAGGGACCCUCUCUCUGGAGCAGUGGAAGAGUAUGAGGGGUCCUCCACCUGCAGAGGAAGGAGUGGCAGAGACAAUGUGUGAUGAACUGACUGUAAGUCCUGUUUUCUGUCGUCCUAUGCCAUUGUGGAGGGAAGAUGGGAAAGAAAUCAGGAGUGAAGUUGGGCCUGUUUCUCUUUCAGUUGUAGCAAGUCUAAUCAUCCUACAUUUGUCUGGGGCAACGAAAAAAGGAACAGAAAAGCAAACUGCUUCCGAAGGACAGAAACCAGUGCAGUGUGGAACUUGGACCAAAUAUGCAGAAGGAGGCAUCUUCACUUCUCCAAAUUACCCCAACAAGUAUCCUCCGGACAGAGAGUGUGUCUACAUUAUAGAAGCUGCUCCUAGACAAUGCAUUGAACUACACUUUGAUGAAAAAUAUUCCAUAGAGCCUUCUUGGGAGUGUAAAUUUGACCAUAUUGAAGUACGAGAUGGACCUUUUGGCUUUUCCCCAAUCAUUGGACGUUUCUGUGGACAGCAAAAUCCACCUAUGAUAAAAUCCAGUGGCAGAUUCCUGUGGAUUAAAUUUUUUGCUGAUGGUGAACUAGAAUCUAUUGGGUUUUCUGCUCGGUACAACUUUACCCCUGAUCCAGAUUUUAAGGACCUUGGCGUUUUGAAACCAUUGCCAGUUUGUGAGUUUGAGAUGGGAGGACCUGAAGGAAUUGUGGAAUCUGUACAAAUUGUCAAAGAAGGAAAAGCUUCUGAAACUGAAGCAGUAGACUGUAAAUGGUACAUCCGAGCGCCACCCCGAUCCAAGAUCUAUUUGCGAUUCUUGGACUACGAGAUGCAGAAUUCCAAUGAAUGCAAAAGGAAUUUUGUAGCUGUCUAUGAUGGAAGCAGCUCCGUGGAGGAUUUGAAAGCAAAGUUUUGCAGCACUGUUGCUAAUGAUGUAAUGCUGCGGACAGGUCUGGGUGUAAUCCGCAUGUGGGCAGAUGAAGGCAGUCGAAACAGCCGAUUCCAGAUGCUCUUCACAUCUUUCCAAGAACCCCCUUGUGAAGCCAACACAUUCUUUUGCCACAGUAAUAUGUGUAUAAAUAAUACACUGGUCUGCAACGGACUCCAGAACUGCGUGUAUCCCUGGGAUGAAAACCACUGCAAAGAAAAAAGAAAAGCUAACCUAUUGGACCAACUUACCAAUACCAGUGGGACUAUAAUUGGGGUGACUUCUUGCAUUGUGAUCAUCCUCAUUGUCAUAUCUAUUAUAGUACAGAUCAAGCAGCCUCGUAAAAAAUUUGUCCAAAGGAAAACAGACUUUGAUCAAAAUGUGUUCCAGGAGGUGUUUGAGCCUCCUCAUUAUGAGUUAUGCACCCUCAGAGGGACAGGGACUACAGCUGACCUUGCUGAUGUUGCAGAUGACUUUGAAAAUUAUCAUAAACUGCGGAGAUCCUCUUCAAAAUGCAUUCAUGACCAUCACUGUGGAUCACAAGUGUCUAGCAUUAAGGGCAGCCGUAGUAACCUCAGCACAAGAGAUGCUUCUGUCUUGACAGAAAUACAACCCCAGCCUGUAAAACCACUUGUUCAACCCAUGAACAGGAGAAAUAUCCUUGUCAUGAAGCAUAGCUACUCACAAGAUGCUGCAGAUGCGUGUGAGAUAGACGAAAUUGAAGAGGUACCAACCACAAGUCACAGGCUGUCCAGACAUGAUAAAUCUGUUCAGCGGUUCUGCCUCAUUGGGUCUCUAAGCAAACAUGAGUCUGAGUACAACACAACUAGGGUCUAAGAGACAAACCUGAGACUGCUUGAGAAUAGUGCGCUCCUGGGUGAUUUUGAACAUGCUACAAUGAAAUGUGAAACUAUCGUCCUCGGAAACACCAGCUAGAGGUUUUAUGGACUCUCUGACCAGCUAUUCUCAUGUCAUGACAAAAUUCAGCAAACAGUGUUGAGUAAAAUUACUAGAAGGCAAUAAGACUUUGGUUAUUAUGCUUAUCAGUCAUUUCUCUUUUUCUUUUUCUCUCUUCUUUUCGUUACAAUUUAAAUUCCCAAUUUCAGGAACAAUUUAUCGAAAUCAGGUAUUUAGCCAUUCAUAAUCACUUCAAUAGAAGCAUUUGUUGGAUAAGCAUCUAGCAAUAUGACUGAAUUUGACAUUGAGAAAUUAAUCUGCAUGUUUGUUACUGAAUAUUUGAGUUGGCAAAAAUCCCUUUAUUAGACACAUUGUAAAAAGCAUGCAUUCACAAUUAUUGCUGUUACUGUUCCAUUUCUGUGUCAUAUGCUUGCUACUUGUAACUUUUUAUAUAAAAAUACAUAAAAAAAUGUAUAAUAA